GUCAUAGUCGUCAUAGUCGUCAUAGUCGUCACGCACAGUUCACGGCGGUCCGCACACUUCCAUCGGCUGCUAUACGAUAAUUCAUAUAUUUAUCAUAAUACAUACGACUGCGACCGCGGUAUAUAUAUAUCAAUAUACUGGUAAAUAAUACUACACCAGCAGCUAUACUAUGGUACCGUUAAAUCAAGCACGGUCGUCCGCCAUGGGAUGUCGAAACCGGAUGCGAGGGUCAUCGCUGCUGUUGGCGGCCUACGUGUGUGUCUGCGUCUGGGGCAGCCAAGUCCAGUCACAGAGAGCCGGCGGCGGCAACCGGGAUGCGCCGGUGGUCAACAUCCCCAGGCAAGGCGCCGUUUCCGGUGUUGAAGUGCAGCUCAACAAGAUCGGAAACAGGGCCUGGACGUAUCUGGGUAUACCGUUCGCUAAACCGCCCAUCGGCAACUUGCGGUUUGCACCGCCUGAUGUCGAUCCACCGCCCACGUGGAGCGGCGUCCUCGUUGGGUCUGCACACAAACCAGCCUGCAUCCCGGACCCACCAGUCCGGUCACAUCCCGUCCAUCGGCUGUUCUCCACCGUCAGCCCUGGUCCUGUCAAGAUUUCCGAGGACUGUCUGUACUUGAACGUCUAUAGACCCGAAGGUGCGGUGCCGGAAGAAAAGUUUCCGGUCAUGGUUUGGUUUCAUCCUGGCGAUUUUCAUUGGGGAACACCGAUUUAUUGGGACGCUUCGGUUUUGGCCGCUAGACACAAAGUGAUCGUGGUGACGACGGCCUAUCGGUUGAACAUAUUAGGCUUCUACACGGACAACACUGCGGAGGCGUCAGGCAACUGGGGACUGAUGGACCAGGCGGCCGCGCUGGACUGGGUGCAGCGGAACAUCGAAAGCUUCGGCGGCGCGGCGCAGAACGUGACGUUGUUCGGGCAGGGUUCGGGCGCGGUGAGCGUGGGCCUGCACGUGGUGUCACCUGGGUCCCGGGACAAGUUCCACCGGGCGAUCAGCAUGAGUGGGAACGCGCUGCUUCGUACGGCUGUGAUGACCCCGGACGGACCGGAAGCGGUGCUGGACGCUCUGGCCGACAAGUUCAACUGCUUUCGGAACACGUUGACUGGGUGCUUGCGGAACGUAGACGCCGAGUUACUGGUGAAGGGUGGUGGUUCCCUGACCCGUUGGGGCCCGGUGGUCGACGGCCUGGCGCUAUCCAACGACAGCAGUGGCCUAGAACCGUUUCUACCUGAAAUGCCAGCCUCGCUUAUGGAAGACGGCCGGUUUGCCGCUGUUCCGCAUAUGAUCGGCUACAACCGGAUGGAGGACGCGUUCGAUGCGUUUGACAGUGGGGACGGUGGCGGCGGUGGCGGCGGGGGUAUAACCAGAGACCGGUUUGAGGCGUUAGUGCGGGAAGACGUCGUGGCCGACGACGAAGACGAUCGUCGAAUGCGUCAGCUCCGGCGGCUCCAGCUACAACAGCAACAGCAGCCAGCCGCUACGGACACCACUGGUGAAGCGGUAAGCGGACUCUCGGACGGUGGCAGUGUUGGCGGCGUGGUCGAUGACGAGGGGAACUGUACGCUGGACGCCGACUUUGUGGUGGACACACUCGUGUUGCGGUACGCCAGGCAGACGGACGACCCAGAAACUCUGCGCCGGAACUACGUGACCAUGGCUGCCAACAAGGUUUACGGGGCUACCGGUUACCGGGUGGCCGGUUACGUGUCACGUCUGAACGCCACCUACGUGUACCGGUACGAGUACAAGCUGCGUGCAACCAAGGCGCUGCCGGCCGCCGCCGAGUGGAUGGACGCGCCGCACGGCGCCGAGCUGCCUGUCGUGUGGGGCAUGCCGUACUGGCCGUCAGCUUCGGCCAUCGACUGGACGGCCGCCGACCGCCGUAUGUCAGACACCGCGAUGGCAAUGUGGACAAACUUCGCCCGGCACGCCGAUCCGGCACACCGGUCAGCCGCGGUCAACGUCCGGUGGGACGAGUACGAGACGCGCAGCCCCCGCGCUAUGGUGCUGGACAAGGUGCCAAACAUGUCACAACCUGACCAGGAGCCCGAGUUCUGGAACGAGUACUACCCUAAGGUGCUGGCCGUCGCGCUGCAGUGCUGCGCCAACCACACCAUGGAAUCGGCCGCCACCGCCGUUGUCGGUGGGCCAGGGCCCGCCGCUCUGAUUACACUGUGUCUGGUGGCCCUCUCGUGGUCGUUGGUCGCGGACUCACCGUCGCUGCUGGUGUGAGCGACCACGCCGACCACACGAAUACCAACCUAAUGUUAUUAUAUCGCAUGGGUGAUGAUUAUUACAGUAUAAUAUUAUAAUAAUAUGCCUUACUAUUAGGUAUAUUGUCCUUUAAAAUUAUUAUAAUAUUAUCAUUCUCAUCAAGUCUAUGAAAUGUUUUUAAAAUUUUUAAACGAUGAUAAAAACGGACGCACGCAACCGCGUCUUGGAAUAGGGGCGGGGGUUGGGCGUCAAGGAAGUCGGGAAAAUAUCGAUUACUUUCCUUAAAAUGGCUUGUAAAUGACAUUCAAUUCACGUGAAAUAUUACGCACGAAAAAAUAUUAUCAUAAUUACGUAGGUUAGUAUAAAAUAUCAGAAAACGAUAACUGCUCUACUGCACCACCACGCGAGUCGUGAAAGUCGACUAUAAGUGCACCUAACACGAACCACACGCGUAAUUCAGUUAUAUACAUAUAAAUUAAAGCAAAAUAAUAAUAGUUAUCAAAACAAUGAACAAAAGUAUGAACAUAUUAUUAUAGUACUAUUGUUUGAGACUUUCUAAGACAAAAAGAAAACCUAUAAUAGAUAAAUUAAUGUAUUCGCGCGUUAUUUGUCUUAGUCAAUUGUAAAGAUUCACUGUAAUUUUGUUUCGUUAUUUUGUGUUUUUAAAACUUAAUACUGUAUUUUAAGUUGUUAUAGUACUUUUUUUUCAUCAUUAGAAAUUCGGAAAGUGGCUUGACUGUACGUCUUGUGUCAUAAAACCAUAGAUUUUAAAUUUGAACCCUAUAAUAUAUUUCAAUACAAUCAAACACGCACAUAUGUAUACUUUAUUUCAGAAAUGUCACUAAAAUGGGAUUUAUUUUUCAAAAACCUUUAAUUUAAAAUGUAUUUAGAAUGGUGAUAAUCUCUAUAUACGUCCUAUUCUAUUGAUAAUGUUUAAUAUAUAUGUUUGUAAAUUUUAGACAUGUAUAGUAGGUACUUACAAACAUUGUAUUAUUGUAGUACAGUUAUUGUACUAUUACAUAGUUUAUGGCAUAGAGUAUUAUUUUGUCUAUAACAUGCAAUUUUAAUAUUUCAUGUUACCAUUAUUUGUUUUACUGUUGUGGUAUUAAACGAAAAAUUAAACUUUAAACUUUUAAACGAAAACCUGUAUUGAACAGCUUAUUUCUAUAAAAAAAAAAUGUUAACAUCAUAUCAAAUUGUAUAUUGGACGAGUAUUUUUUUACUUUUCAUAAUAUUGCAUUUCAUGUCUAGAUGAGCAGAAUGGUUUACCACAAAUCUCAUGGCGUGUUAAUGCACUUCACUCCUCUUUUCUAAACUUCAAAUACAAAAUAAAUAACAAAUUCUUCCAAUAUUC